UGUGAUGAGAAGAAAAUGUGUGAAGGAGAAAUGUUUGUAGUGAUUAAAUUGGUUUGAUAGUUAGGUUUAUUGUUUUGAAGUCAAAUACUGAAAUUCUGUUCAAAGUCACUCAAGUGCAACAGUAUGAGCAUAACCUGCCAUAUGCCAGAGCUUUCCAGGAUGAGGCAAAAGGGAAAUACCACUUUCACACAGUUCCUCCAUUUUAUGUGUUAAGCAAUAUCCAAAUACAGUAGCUACAAGCAGUGGCAGAUGAAGUACACCUGCAGAUAGAGAUCUUCCCUUUCUGCCUCACUACCUGAUGUUAAGCUUCAGUAUUAUGAGCCAUUCUUGGAUCACUUUCUCUCACUCUCUCAAUCUGUGAACUCUCUUAAUUGUUACAGAUUUGGAUGAAAAUUACAUGAUAAAGAAAGCUCCAUGGAAGGAAACUAUCUGAACAGAAAUAGUACUACUACUCCACAGAGAGAAGAUAGCUUUGGCUUUGAGGAGCAUACAUGGGGAAAUUCAUGGCCUGCUAGAAACUAUGCUUGUAGCUUUUGCAAGAGAGAGUUUAGGUCUGCUCAAGCAUUGGGUGGACACAUGAAUGUUCACAGAAGGGAUAGGGCUAGAUUGAGAUCAUCCUUGUCUUCAUGGGUUUCUGAAUGCCCUAAACCUAACCCUAGCACUAAGCCUAAUAAAUCAACUCUUCUUCCAACAUCUUCUUCACCAUCUCCUUUCUCUGAUCAGCCUUUGAACUCUUCACAUCCUUCUCCACUUUGCACUCCUUGUCUCACUUUGUCUUCUUCACCAGACUUCUCAGCUUCUACCAGUGGAGACAAGAAACCAAGACUCACACCUUCUCCUCUUUUCAGUCCUCAAAGCUUCGAAAUUAAGAUGAUGACAAGUAACAACACAAGGAGUGAUGAGGAAAUGAAGGGCUGUGUAGAGGGGGAGGAGCACAAGGGUUUCAAGGACAAUGACCAAAACAUUACUUUGGAAUUAGGAAUAGGGUUGAUUAAACACCAAGAGAAGAAGUUAGACUUGGAGCUUCGACUCGGGCAUUUCUAGCCAGGUGCAAUUUUACCAAACUCAUCAAUGUAUGCCAACAUUUCAAGUAAUUUGCAACUUCAAAUUUGUUUAAAUUUCUUGCACCAGUAAUUCAGGAAUUUAUUCAAG